ACGCAAUUCACAUAAGCUCAGUCUCAGCUAAAUCAAAUUACAUGGCUUCAUUUUCAAUCACUUCCAUUAUCACCUUAUCUCGCCUUUCUCUCUUUCGAUUCACCACAUCCACUCCUCCACUAUCUUCUUCAAAUCAACUCUUUUACUCCAUAAAACCUAAGGAUCCAACUCGAUUUCGUUUGUUCUCAAUGGCAUCGGAGCCCAAAGAAUCGCCUGCUAACAACCCUGGUCUUCAAGCCAGACCGGAUGAGGCCACCAAAGGAUACAUCAUGCAACAAACCAUGUUUCGAAUUAAGGACCCCAAAGUCAGUCUUGAUUUCUAUUCUCGCGUGCUGGGGAUGUCGCUACUUAAGAGGCUGGAUUUCCCUGAAAUGAAGUUUAGCCUCUACUUUUUGGGCUAUGAGAAUACUGUAUCAGCUCCAAGUGACCCAGUUGAAAGAACUGUUUGGACCUUUGGGAGACCAGCUACAAUUGAGCUAACGCACAAUUGGGGAACUGAAAGUGAUCCGGAAUUCAAAGGUUAUCAUAAUGGAAAUUCAGAACCUCGUGGCUUUGGGCACAUUGGUAUCACUGUUGAUGACACAUACAAGGCUUGCGAGAGGUUUGAAAGUCUUGGAGUGGAGUUUGUAAAGAAACCCGAUGAUGGAAAAAUGAAGGGCCUAGCAUUCAUUAAAGAUCCUGAUGGCUAUUGGAUUGAAAUCUUUGACCUCAAAAAUAUUGGAAAAAUAACUAGCAGUGCUGCUUGAUAUGGUGUGGGCCAAAGUUGAGGUAAGCUAGGAUGGCAUUCAUUGGGCUUCACGAAAUUUGCAAUUUAAUUUGGAUUUCUUUAAAGAGAUGGCAUUGUGUAUUCGUGCUUUGGUGUGACCUCCAUUACUUUCCAGAGUUAAACUUUCUACCCAGUAAUAAAAGUUUGGUUGAAGCUGCUGUCCAGUGUCUCUCUCUUUUAUUGUCAUUGGAGGAUGUUAAGAAGUGAUACGAUUUUACAUAUUCAAGCUCAGGACCUGUCUGUAUUCUGCUUUUGAUAUUUACAGCAGACUAAACAUACCUUUUUCAUAAAAUAUUUGCACCAUAUGAAGGGCAGGAGGAGAAUUCAUGGAGGCGUGUUCAUAUGUUAUUAAAGACGAGAGUUUGAUGAAUUUAAGUAAGAAAUAAUACAACAUGAAUUCACUGCA